AUGCAUCCCCGCUGUCAAUUGCUGUCCGGGCAUCUGGCUACCGUCCUCCGCAGCCCCCAAGCCGCGCAGCGAUCCUUCACCACCUCUGCCUCCUUAUACAACAAGAAUCCCCUGCAACGGCGCAAGGGCGGCGAUCUCGGCUCCCAUCUGCCCAAACACGUCAUUUCGCAAGACCCUCAUAUUCCCGACUACCCCUACGGCGACCAUGCGCUCUUCAAGCAGGCCAACAGGGGCCUCUACGGCGAGCAGAUGAUUCAGUUCGGCAACAAUGUCUCGCGCAAGACCGAGACCAAGACAAGAAGGAAGUGGACGCCCAACGUCUUGUCCAAGAGCUUGUACUCGGUCGCCCUGAAGAAGAGAAUCAAGCUGCGUGUCACGUCAAAUGUUAUGAAAACCAUCGACCGAGAGGGCGGUCUCGAUGAGUACCUGCUCAAAGACAGUGUGCAGCGCAUCAAAGAGCUGGGUCCUACAGGCUGGGCCUUACGAUGGACCUUGAUGCAGAGGCCUGCAGUCAUCGAUCGAUUACGUGCCGAAGCUGCCGCCUUGGGGCUCGACCAGGCUACCAUCGACAAGCAGUGGCCUACGCCUGAGAUGCUCUCUCAAAAAAAGCAUGCAGACCGAGUCUUGGCUCGCGAGCAGGCUCUUGCUGAGGCAGGAGAAAUGCACGACGUCGAACAGGGCAUGUGGGAGGGCGAAGAGGGUGCAGAGGACAAGGUCAACGGCACAGAAGCAACAGUCUCAGAGGCACUCGAACUUCAAGAGAUAAUCGCUCGCAGAAAGGCCUACGGCGAAUACGUCUCGGCCGUCAAAGCUGCAGAACGUUACUUGCAAAGAGGGCUAGUUGAUAGUGAAGAGGAGGGAUUGAAGCUUGCCUUUGUUCGCUCCAGAGAGCGUUUUGAAGCACGACAAAAACUUGCCGCCAAGUUCACAGAGAAGACUAAGGAACUUUUCAGCGGCGAAAACCUCGCCGAGCUCAAGACUCGCUUCAAACUUCCCAAGACCAUGCACAUUGACCAGCUCCGCAAAAUUGCAUACAAUCAACACAAACGCGCACAGAUUCAGGCAGCUGGAGGCUACGAAGCAUGGCAGGAAGCCAAAAGGGCUGCGAGCGCAGAGAAGGCUGCUCACAAACAGGCUAUCAUUGACUCGCUUGGCGGUCCUGAGGUGCUGUUAUCAAGUAGAAAGGCUAGCUACGCAAAAGCUGUUGCGGAAGCCGAGACUGCGUCGACAAAUGAGGCGCUCGAUGAAAAGACACGGCAGUAUUACGAGCACGCAAUUACCAAGGCCGACAGGGCUAUCAAGGCCAAGGCUUCGGGCGGCGUCCAGGAGUACAUUGAGUUGACAUUGGAGGAGAUCAAGCAAGCGAGCAGUCCAGGUCUGAGCGAGCUAUUUCGAAGCUCGGGUACGGAAGAGAGCGCUGGCGGUGAUGCUUGGGCGGCGUUGGUCAAAUCAAGCAACAAGCCAGCGGAGAGCAGGUUGAACGCCUGA